AAUAGGAUAAAAUAUUAAGAUGUAUUUCAUGAUUACUAGUUUUAUUUUUAGUCUGUGUUUUUCUAUUAUUUAAUCUGUGGACAUGUUAUCUGUAGACUGUAAAACGAUCUAUGUUGUCUAUGACUGGACUGUGUGUUUUUUGGGUACGAUGUAAUGGAGGAUUGUUGAAAUGUAUUUUUGAUAUGUAACCGGUGUCUGGGAAAUAAAUCGAUUGGGCGAAUUUGGCUUUUCAUUUACACCAUCCCCACAUAAUUUGGGGGCUCGUCCGGGAUACGGGAUGGUGGAAUAAAGAAAAAACAGACGAAGACUAUGAUGCCGGUGAUUUAACCUGAUUAAGAAUUUACGAAUUACGAACGAAGACUAAGAUUUAAAGAAGCUUAUGAUUAUACGAUUACGACUUGAAGACUAUAAAACUUUUUAUUUACAUUAUUCAACAUGCCGCCGAAACGAGUAAAAGAUGAUGAUGAUUGUGGUGAACCAUCGCCGCGUAUUUCCUUCAAUGACUUAGAGAAAUCAAUGACGCCAUUUUCGGGUGAUGAUGCCUAUGGCAUCGAAACAUUCGUAAAAGAUUUUGAAGAUAUUUCCUCUUUAAUGCAAUGGGGCGAAAUAGAAAAACUCAUAUUUUCGAAGCGGCUUCUCGCGGGAACCGCCAAGCUAUUUUUACGUUCACUAAGUGGGACCACCACGUGGGAUACACUUAAGUCUGAGCUCCGUGAGGAAUUUGGUAAGAAGUUGAACAGUGCAACUGUUCACAAGAGACUUUCAACUCGCCGGAUGAAGAUGAAUGAGACUCAUCAGCAAUAUUUUUUACAUAUGAAGGAACUUGCAGUACUUGGGAAUGUUGAAGAUGAAGCCCUGAUGGAAUAUGUCAUCGACGGUAUUAAAGACAGAAGAUUCAAGGUGAAAAAUUGUUAUCUUAUAGUUCAGGAACAACAGAAACUUUAACUGGAAUAGCUGAAAAGGAAAUUUAUACAAAAGGAUCUUUCACAGCAAAAAUUGAAAUUGAUGAUUGUUAUUUUGAAACUUUAUUUUAUGUUGUUGAUGAUGGCGCUAUCCCUGUCAACAUUAUAUUAGGAAAUCCUGUACUGAAAGAAGUAGAAAUCAAUUUUAAAUCUGGAACUAUCACUGCAACAAGAAUAUUACACCUUACAAUGCUAGAGAAUGAAAAUGAAGAUAUCACAAAUAUUGAAAACAAAGAAUAUAAGAAUAAAAUACAGAAUAUUAUAAAAGAAUAUAACCCCAAAAGAUGUACUAAA